AUGCCCAGCCCAAGAGUCCUAGCGGACACAUUUCGCCACGUUGCCCUCCCCCCGAAACUUCCGGGAAAGCAAGAUAAAGACCCUACAGAGGUGGACGGAGAGCUGAUUACUCGCCUACGGCACGCCAUUCAAGAUCUCACCAGCGCGACCGACGAGGAAGCGAAGGGCGUGUGGAGCUCAAUUGAUCAGACUCUCGGCACAUUUUGUACGGUCAAUAAUGACGGAAUGGUCAAUAAGGCGGCUCUUUUGGGCGCGUUCGGUAAGCUGCGUCCAGGAAACGCGGUUAUCGUGUACGUUGCGGAGCAGAACGCAGCCCUCCUGAUUAGAUGCCCUCGAGGUGAGGAAUGUGACGAUAUUAUCAUCGAGGCCUUCGAGACUUCAUCACGCAUGGAGCAAGCCCUCGCUGCCAAAGGCGCCCUUGUCUGGGAUUUCCCUUCCUCGGCAGUCUCACUUCCUAUGGAAGAGUUCAGGAAUUCCGGUUUCCAAGACAGUCUUUGCGACUUCCUGGAAAAUGCCAGCACCGAAGCCCUCGACGAGUUUGCGGCGAAAACACGCAAGGCCGGAAAGGAAGUCGUCGAAAAUCGAGAUACCGUUGAUCCAUCUCUGAUCACAGACUUUUUGAUGACAUUGCUCGAGGUGAAUGGAAGCCGGAUAUGUCCGCCUUUGUUACGAAAGCGCGUCAAGGACGAUGUGUGCUGGGACAAUUCCGAGCUUCCGUGGCGACGCAGUCCAUCCUGGCUGGUACUUCGGGUGUGUCUCCAACGCGUCCUCUAUCUUCGUCUGGGUAGUGAGCUAGGCCGCCUAUUUUAUAAGGCUCUUAUGUGCGUUGUCAUGGCGAGACUUCUAAGAGAUACCGUCCAUAUAGGAGCUUUGACGCCCGAAGAUUGGGGCUGGCUUAGAUCCAAACUAUGUCGUCGUUUGGCUAAGCUGGAAGCAGAGAAAGUAAACUCGCCGUCCUCAGUGCAAGACAUGCACACUCGCCUAGUCAAGACGCUUGAACCGAUUUUUGAACAAUGUAUUGACGCUGCUCAAAUGGCGAUUGAGAAGAGCUGGGAGGCCUUCAAAAGAGAGACUCAGCGAAAGAUACCACUGUUGCCCUCUAGAGCAGAGGAAAGCGAUUACCGUCUGAGUCUGCCGAACAGCUUAGCAUACCUCCAGGAUAUCCUCAAAGACCCUUGGAUAAGUACCCAGAAAAUAACGAACGUCGAUCCGGCUCUCGUGGUGGAAAGCGCUCGUGGAAGUACUACCCAACAGUUCAGCUCAAUCUUGACGCGUUACACAUUGCUCGCAGAGCUUGAACUCGGUCUAGAAUCAGGUACACGUAAAAUUCCGGUCUCAAAAGAUGCCGCAGAGGGCGUCUGUAUACAGAUCGCCGAUAAAAUCGGCCACUACAUGGCUACCGUCGCAGACACAUACGUGGAGGAUCCGGAGCAACUGGGCCUUUUCAUUCUCAACCUUUUUGACCUCUGGGUAUACUUGGACAAGUGUGCCACAGUUGCAUAUCCGCUGCUAACGGAGUACCAUACGGGCUUUCCCCCAGAGCUGCUGGACGUGCUUCUCGUCUCGAGGCUCGCCGACUUAAAACGACUGCAAAAUGUCCAGACGUACCUCCAUAAACGCUGCACGGGUGCAGUCAAAGCGAAGAUGACGAUAUUUGCGGACCCAUGUCCGGGCUGCCUGGCUGACCGGUAUCUCGACCUUCCGAUCGGGAACAAUCUAGCAGAACUGCAAGAACGGAUCGAGACUGCAUCGCUGGCUGCGCGGGAACAGAAAGUGUUGGAGUUGUUCAAAUUGAAAAAGGAAUACGACUCUCUGAAGGAGAAGGAAAUGGGCAACCCUUGCACGCAAAAACGGAAGGACGACGGCACUCAUGACAUCCGCGGAUGUACCCAUUGCUAUUAUGUCCGCUGUCGUGGACGAAUGACGAUCGACAUCCACGAGGACUUUCUCCCACCAAACACUAACAUGGCUGAAAAAAGGGCCAUCGUUUUCGAACUGGGUAUCCCGAAAGCAUUUUCUGCGUACCGGACCAUCACAUGGGAAAUUACUAAUAAACUGAGCACCCUUACGAGCUUCAAGAGCGGGAGAGAACCGGAGAUAUUACUCCAUGAAUACAGCCUUCUUGCCGAUCACAGAAAGGCCGGGUCAUCUCCAAGCCUCUCACUGGCAUCUUCUACUAAAUCACAUUUGAAUACCCAUUUUAAAACAAAGCGGCUGCCAACAUCAACGGACAGUGUCUUGCGUCCCCUGGGGCUGACAUUCUUUUACUACGACACUGGGCGAAAGUUAUGGGCCAAAGACAAACCUCCGUUGCUCACCCUUGCGCAUCAUUUCACCUUAUCUCUCCCAAAGACUUUACCAUUUUCUGAGCUCUAUUCAUGUUCAAGCUUUUCCCCAGAUGGUGCAGGACCUUCGUCCUACGAGGCUGUUGCAAACAUUCCGGACUGCCCUUCUUCAGUGACCGUCCAUGAGUUUAUGGCGCAUCAGACCCUGAUGGCUGGUAGAAAUCGGCGAUGGCUUUCUAUUCUGACUGAGUUAGGAUCCUCAAAUCUGAAUCUCGGCUUGCAUGAUACAAUGGUCCUAUUUCGCCAUCUUGCACUGCAAGCGGGUCCUGGACUGCGGGAUAAUCCCUUACGAGUUGUCCAUGCCAUCUUCAAAGAUUCUGAGUUUUGCAAAAGGUUGAUUGAACAACUUGACCAGCAUGUCUCGAUCGCUGCACAGAAUUGGCGAGAGACAACUUAUAUGGAUACGAUUUUAACCUUGGCCAUUCAAGUGUGCAAUCUUGGGAGCCGCAAAUCUUCUAAGGCAGCAGAUGGUCUGCUUCUGAGGAUCCGCCGCAUUACCCUUCAAUGGAUUGAGCACAUAAAAAACGAGAAUCAAACCGUGCUGCAGGUGGAUGCCGCAGAAAGAGCUGCUAACUAUCGCUUUCUGGCCUCACUACUAUGCCGUCGCACGUUCUCCCCGCAGAGUUUCAGCGGCCAGCCUUUGACGAUGGAAGGCGUCCAGUGUUUUGUCGAAGCUACACUCGCCAUGCAAGAGAGUGUAAUUGGAGACGUAAGUAAGUUCAAUAAGUCAACGCUCAGCAUGCUUUCUCGCGACAUCAAGAUGUGUGUUCGGAUUCGCGCUAUGGUUCAAGCUGCAGUCGAGGUGUAUCCUGAAGGCAUAACGGGUGCCAUAGACAGGGUUUUUCCGGGUAGUAUAUCGCGGUCGUACAGCCCAUGGAGACACCUGCCUCAUCCACACGAAUGUUGGAUUACAGCUACGGUCCGAUGUGCCAAUGAGCGAAUGGUGCAGCAAGAGAUCCAUUUUCACAUCCUGGAGGGCCACAUUCUGGUAGACGGAAUUCCUUUGGGCAAGCUUCCCUCUGAUAUCAGCAACUCAGAGACGUUAAAGGAGCUGUUUGGAAACCAACGUCUGUUUGCCUUCCCCUCAAAUUUGCCUGGCAUGAACUAUGCCCUGGCAAUUGACAAAGAAGGGUACCAAAUCCAUCUGGGCUAUCGAGGUAACGACUUGAUUAUUCGGGCUUGCAAGGACAUGAGCAUUCUCGAAUAUGUACCGAGAUCAGUGUUUGGCAGAGGUCGUAGCCUCGACUUGCCUGAACCCUUGGUGUUUGGCUGUGUUCACUGGAUUGACCUUAGAACCGGAAUUCUCGAGGCGCGGCGUAUGCCGGUCAUUUGGAAGGAAAGACCAGGGAACUGGAGAGUUAACGUUCCCAGUCGCAAGGCACAAAGGAAACAUUCUUUGCUGGUCGAUCCCCACUCCACUCUGGCGACGAUAAUCGGAAAGGCAUUUCUUCACUUCGAGCAUUCCUCGAGGCUUACCAUCUACCAGCCCCGCUGUAACCCCCUCUCAGUGGAGAUGAAAUACAUGAAUAUUAGCUUUCAUGUAAACAAGAAGCAGUUACUGCAAUGCAAAGAGCUGGGCGCGGAGCUAGAUCCAAAUCAGGACGCUGGUACGCUUUAUGGGUUGCAGAGUAUGCUGGUUCUCCGGAAUGUCUCCAAUCGCUCACAACGAAGUCUUAUCAUGACCCUAGGAGACAUUGAGUAUCGGAGGCAUGGUAUUCAUGUCCUCGUACGCAAGAUGAACGAUAAUAGUUUCGGAAGGUACAUGAUUGAUGAUGUGCUUGGCCGCCUCUCCUGCCCAGCUGAGCGACGGUUGCAAUAUACAAAGGCACAGUUACACGCAUUCACAUCAUUCGUGCUACCUGAUCUCCUUACUGGGCGAACAGGUGCAGAGGAAGCAUUGGCAUGUCUACAUUCGGGUGGUUGUCAGCCAUGGACCCCUUUGAACCAAGCUUCCGUGGAUCUGCUGCAGACAAUCUCGCACCUUACACCUACAAGGAGAUAUUAUCCCCGCGAUAUGAGAAGCCAGCAGCUUAUUGAGUGGGAUGAGAAGCUGACUGUCUCGAUACAGAAUGAGGAAUAUCAAUCAGCAAUUGAAUCUAUUCUAAGCAGGUCAAAGAGACUGUCACUAUUCGAUGCUACGGCCGCUCCCGCUGCAAUGGAAGUAACUUUCAAUGAAGUCCAUCUUCGCGAGCGGGCUCGCUGGCGGCGGUCCAUCUACGCACGAUCAAGCAACAUGUGUCGAGUCAAAGUGAAUACACCCGACAAAGUCUACUCUCCGGCCGGAACUUGCUUUUCUGACCGAGCUUCCAAUGUCCUCGAAAUUGUCUCUCUCCUCCGUGAACGGCCCUUUGCGAUUCGCACCACCCGCAAUCUUUCCGGUAUUCUCCAAAAGUGGCCAUACAUUGGUGGUUACAUGACGAAGUUCACACCGCUUGACCUGGAAACAACGCUCUCUGCUGACCUCGCAGUUGAGUGGGGUGGUUUGGUCCGGUUUUGUCGCGAGUGUGGACCGCAGGAUUCUCACUACCUCAUGUUUCAUUUGGGACUCAUGGCUUACAAAAAUGCUGUUGAUAUGGAUGCCAUGAGAGUCUUGGCCGCUUUCUCUAUAUUGAGCGAUCUAAAGGAACUCCCACUACCUUCAUACCCAUCCUUCGAAGGGUUUCCUGACACCGAAAAGCCUGACUUUGACUCGUUACUGGCUCUGAUAAAACCUUUCUGGAAAGAAUAUGCAGAACCCUCCUCAUCGAAGGGGGAAAGAUCCGCUGCUGAAGUUUAUGAGAUGGAGCGUGCCAGAAAUAAACACGACUGGUGCUGCGAAAAUGCCAGUAACGAUCUUGCUACUUUCAUUCUUCAGCAGUGGCCGUGCGCAGAGCCCUCUGUAUCGGGGUUUUCAUCGCAGUUCCUGGAAAUAGCCGGGGCCCAUGAGAUAAUAAGCCGUGAAUGGCUCCGACGGUACAAGAAUCUCCAACUCAUGAACCAUAUCGUCGGCAUCCAAGAGGUCUUAAAUAACCACGAAGCUGAGAGGAACCAUUGGAAAGCUUUUGCAGCCCCCCAAGCGACCGAGGUGUUUAGAACCCGAGUAUUGCAGCUCCAGGAUGUCACGAUGCGCCUUGAACGGGGACUUCCCAAAUCGCAAUCAGGUUCGCAUUCAAGCUUACGGUUCGAUCACAAUACUUUCACAUCAGAUCCGCUGGGGGAAAUUGAUCCCAAUACUGGUAUGCGAAGGAGGAGAAUGUAUCCAAAAGAGGUGACCGAGAUCGAACAGAUCGUAGAUCGCAUUGCCAAUUCAGGGUGUUCGGUUAGGUCUACAUACGGUCAGGACUUGCAGCUGAGCAUUGAUGCGUUGAAGAAGAAGAGACGAGACCAGCGCAAAAUACACACAGCAUAUCCCCGACUUGGGGGUGAAUUUGAGGAGGGAAUGUCGAUCUAUUUCAAUGAGAUUAGACGAGCUCGCGUUGAGUUGAGGCGCUCAUAUAUUUUGAUUUAUGACAGACUUUCCGCUCGUGAUGCACAGUCUCGUUGGCUACAGGAAGGACGCCUCUGGGGCUGCGUUACUCCAGUGACAGUAUUGGAGCAGCUACGAUCUGUGUCCUCUUUUGAUCUUGGACCCAACAUGAAACAAGCCAUCGUAUCUUACGCCCUUGAUAUCGUCAAGUUGCAGCGUUUGAUCCGGAUGAAGGAGUCAUUCACCAAGCGCGAUCAAAGCGGGCUGGACCAGGAGCAAAGCCAUUGCGAUCAUGCAGUUUGGGAUUAUAUGAUGCAUCCUGACUGGAUUAUCCUGGAGAUUGAUGCCAACAUGCAAAUCCGACAGGACCAGGUGACUGUGGCGAUGGAGAUGGUAUCCCCCAGCUCAAAUUCAAACUCUGUGCUGCAGAUGAAUAUGGGACAGGGAAAAACUUCAGUGAUUAUGCCAAUGGUUGCAUCUGCAUUGGCCGAUGGCAAAAUUCUUAACCGACUACUGGUACCCAAAGCCCUGAUAGCCCAGACUGCGCAGAUUUUACAGGCCCGUCUGGGAGGCCUCGUGGGCAGGAGCCUUGUUCAUAUCCCAUUCUCACGACGUACUCCGACGACACCACAGGUGUUGCAAGAAUAUCGCGCAUUGCAUGAGGAUAUGCUCAAAUCAUCAGGGAUUGUAUUGGGAGUUCCCGAGCAUUCUCUCUCCUUCAAGCUUAGUGGUCUGCAACAAGUUUCGGACAUGAAGCUCCCUGAGGCAGUCAAGAUGGUGGCUAUCCAGACAUGGCUUGACAAGGUUGGCCGAGAUAUUUUGGAUGAAUGCGAUUUCACUUUGGCUGUCAAAACGCAGCUGAUCUAUCCGAGCGGAUCACAGCUCGUCGUAGAUGGACACCCCGAUCGCUGGGAGGUCAUCAUGGCUGUUUUAGAGCUGGUGGCUCAGCAUCUCCGAGACUUGGCACGAGAGCUACCGCAGAGUAUUGAUUUGGUGGAAAGAACAGCCACUGCAUUUCCCAUUGCCUACCUUCUGAGAAAGGAUGUUGAAGUGGUCCUCGCCGAAAGAAUCGCUGAGGAUGUCUGUUUGGGCAGAGGCGCCAUUCUCCCCGUCCGGAUCUGGGAUGCUGCAGAGAUCGACGUCAUUAAACAGUUCAUUUGUCAGGAUACGUUGGACGAGUCGGUCGGGGAACGCGCUGAGUACCUUCUCCGCGAUGCGCCCAAAGUUCGAAAGCGGGCCCAUUUAAUACGGGGACUUCUGGUGCAUCGCAUUCUCUUGCUCUGUCUUAAGAAGAGAUGGAAUGUUCAGUAUGGUCUUCACCCUGAUCGAGACCCCAUGGCGGUUCCUUUUCACGCGAAAGGCGUUCCCUCGGAACAUGCAGAAUGGGGCCAUCCAGAUGUGGCCAUACUCUUCACAUGUCUUGCCUUUUACCACCAGGGCUUAAACCAAAGUCAAUGCCGUGAGAGCUUGCAGGCCAUCUUGAGAUCCGAUGAUCCUGCUACGGAAUACGACAGGUGGACUCAGGGAUCAACAGCUCUUCCAGAAGCUCUACGACACUGGAAUAUUAUCAAUGUUGACGAUGAGGGACAAGUUCGGGAGAUUUGGCUGAAUCUACGGCAUUCGAUCAUGGUAAUUAAUCACUUUCUCCGACAUUUUGUGUUCCCGGUCCAUGCAAAACAGUUUGCCAUCAAAUUGCAGACAUCAGGAUGGGACGUUCCAAUGUUUAGCAACUCCGUCUCAAAAGCUCACAACCCGAAGAUUAAGCGCUCCGGGCUGACGACUGGUUUUAGUGGAACAAAUGACAACCGCAGACUACUGCCUUUGACAAUUGAGCAGCAUGACUUGCCGGAGCUUUCGUACACGAACGCGGAGGUCCUCACGUACUUACUUCAGCAGAGAAACCGGGGCUAUAGGCCUGCAGUUCUCAACGGGAGACGCCUCUCCGAGGAACAACUUUUGAUGGAACUGAAACAGAGCAAAAUUCGGGUUCUCAUUGAUGCUGGGGCCUUUAUCCUGGAAAUGGACAACCAAACCCUUGUGAAGGCUUGGCUGGCCGUUGAUCAUGAAGCUCAAGCCGCUGUGUACUUUGGAGCCGAUAAUAAAGCCUGGGUCCAAUACCAAAAUGGUUUGAAUACACCGUUGCUUGCCACUCCAUUUGCAGAUGACAUGAGUGAGUGCUUGAUCUAUCUGGAUGAGGCUCAUACCAGAGGUACCGAUCUCAAGCUACCCGCCAAUGCAGUUGGAGCUUUGACGCUUGGGCUUAAUCAGACCAAGGAUCACACUGUGCAAGCCGCGAUGAGACUCCGUCAGUUAGGCACCACACAGUCCAUAGUUUUCAUUUCUCCACCGGAGGUGCACCAAAGCAUCAUGGAUACCUGCGAAAAGGGCCCGGGUGACAGUAUCGACUCGUCUGAUGUGAUUUACUGGUUGCUUCACCAAACAUGCGCCAACAACAAAGAUCUGGAGCCUCUCUUUUUUGCCCAAGGUGUUGAUUUCUGCCGUCGCGUUCAAGCCGCAGAGAAAAAUACCAAUUUUCUUCAUGAUUUCUCGCAUCGAACGGCAUACAUGCAGGUUCUCCAGCAGCCGGAACAGCAAACCCUGGAGCAGCUCUAUAAGCCUCUCGCCUCAGGUGCCAAUGACACAGGAGUCGGGGCGGAGAGCAAUUCGCAGCCUCUCGAAGGAAAGGUAGCCGGAUUCAUGAAGGCACUUCGAGAACGACACCGGCAAACCCACACCACAUCUACUUCAAUUGUCUCGUCAGCCCUCGAAGAGGUUGAGCAGGAGCGAGAGGUUGCCUACGAAAUCGAAGAGGAGAGACAGGUUCAGCGUCCCCAAAAGCUAGACCCCCACAAGUUCCCCGGCUUGCACCCGUCCCUGGAGCAAUUUGCGAAAACAGGCACUCUGAAGGAACUGGGCGUUGUCGAUGCCGCUCUUGCGGUCGACCUGACCAAGCUGGGACGAAAAUACGGCGUUCGAAGCGCUGCCUUCCUCACUCGCUUAUACGUGUCCGCGGAGUUUCGACUUACGGUCAAGCUGAAGCAUGCGGAAAAGAGAGAUGACCAUCUGCGCCCGGUCAACUGGAUCCUCUGUAACGUCAAAACCGAGACCGCGGUUAUCCUGAUUCCCGAAGAAGCAGAGCUACUAAUCCCAAUCAUGCGCACCAGUCCAGCACGCUCCAUGCAUCUGCUUACCUACGCCGCCCCAGUGACGAAACGAAUGCUACACUUCAACAGCCUGACCUACCACGCAGUUCCCUCGCUGCCCGCCCAGCACACAUUCUCCCCCCGCCUCACAUUCGAAGUCGGCAUCUUUGCCGGCCGUCUCUACUUUAAGUACUCCGAAUACGAGUUUAUCCUCCAACAACUCGGUCUAACCUCUGCUCGUCCAAGCGAUAGUCUUGGAAACCGCAUGGCCUUCUUGCAGGAGUGGCUGGCGUUGAGACGUCAGGGGCAAGAUAUCUCGCACACGCCGAUGGGAUAUGUCUGCGAACGGAGAAAUUUGCGCGCCGACCAUCCGUUCUUUGCGAUAGCGGAUCCCGUGAAUGGGGGAGGAAUCCUUCAGUCUAGUGGGUUUGUGGCUGAAAGUAGAGAUGAAGAGGAGUUUGAUAGUGGGGAGGAUGAUACCGGAUUACAGGAGAAUGAGGAUGGGGAUGGAGGGGAUGAUCAUUUUGAGGAGGUGAAGGGGUAUACAAGGGGUGAGGUUGGGGAUGAAGCGGAUGAUGAUGAGGAGGAUGAUGAGGAAGACUGA